CUUCUCCUAUCUCCACGUCUCAUCUCCCCCAGACUCAGAAUCGCACCAAAUUUUCAGAAAGAAUCCGUGGAAGCUAGAACAUGGCUGAGAUUUUCGCCGUUGCCCUAACCCUAAUUAAUUAGAUUGUCCCAUGAGCGGCAGUUGUUGUACUAGUACGUACCCAUAGCUCCCACAUGCCAUGCUGUCUACCCGCAGCCCUUCUAUUGACAAGUGGCGCCUCGGAAGUGUAUAGACCAUGACGUGCUAACAACCCCUAGUAUUCCAUUCUUUCCUUACCACCUACCUGUCGCGAUGCCUUCCGAGUUUAUAGCUGCAUCAUGGCACCCAGCUAUGAUGCCGAAUUCAUUAGCAGAUGUCAUCGAGACGAAAACAUCACCGGCGCUGAGAGGAGGCGCAUUAGCCGUGGAACAGCACCAGGAACCCAUUGAAGCUUCACAUACAGAAGCCAGCGCGCCCGUUUUGGAGCCGGAAUCCUUGAAGAAGACGGAGAAUCUGGACAACCAACAAACGAUUGAAACUUCAGCCCAUAGUGAGAGCGAUUCAGAAAACCCUCGUAAUGCGCCUACAUCUUCUCUGUUAGGCCCGGGAGGAGUCGAGUUGGAGGCGCCAUCUCAUAAGGGAGUCGAUGUGCCACAACCAUCCGAGGAAGAGAAACCCGAGUUUCCGCCAGCGAACUCCAGACAGGAAAAUGGGCAUUUAAGUACAGACUCGUUUACAAGGACCGUCUCCCAUGAGGUCAAUUGGGGCGAGGACGAUGAUGUAGACCCGGAAUGGAACAUCCAAACUACGGAUACGGACCCCUUCAGACUCAUGGCGAAAUCAGACCGAACGAACUCCUUUCCCGCUGUACCACCUCUACACAAUCCCGAGAUAGUGCAUAACGACGAGUUUCUUGCUCACAGUCAGGUAGAGGCCAUCAUGAAUGAAGUCGAGCAGGAACCAAAGGAUCUUUUUGGAGACGAAACAAAUAAUGAUGAAGCCGAUUUUUUCAACCAAUCCUCAGCUCCAGACUCGACUCUAGGAGCUUCAAGGCCUGCGGAUCCAAAUAUUGUUGAUUCUCCAACUUUCGGGCAGGCUUAUGGUGGAAAUUACAGACAAGAUGACGAUCAGGAAUCUCAGGCUCGUUUCGAGGAAGGGCUUCCGUUAGUUCACCCGGAAGGCCCCCGUAAUGACUCUAUAACACCGUCAUUUUUGGAAGAGGAGGCAGUCGAACAGGACGACUUUUUCUCACAAGUUGGCAAAACGGAGGAUUCAGCCACGUUAAAUACAGAGCCUGGGUCACUAGAGAGAAAAUCUACCUUUCAAGUCAUGGAAUCCAUGCAUUAUCAACCUCAUGAUCAAAUAUCACCUGCAAUUCCAGAAGAAAAUGUUGAGAUCUCGCAGCACGAUUCCGUCUCUGCUACCCAGAAUGGGACAGAGGACCCAUUGGAUGUUCAACUGGAUGAUGUGGAAGUUGAUCUGGCUGAAAAAUGGAAAGCCGCAUUGGCGGAUGAGUUUUUGGAUGACGACGAUGAUGACCUUUUGCCAGACGAGGAACCCGAAAACACCAGCGCACUGGACCCAGCUACCCUGUUUGGAAGUGAUGAUGAGGGGUUUUUAGAAGAUGUCGAUGAUCAAGAUGGAAGUACAAACACUUUUCCAUCUGGAAACCAGCCUAUUGUGGCCCCGGUUAAUGGACAUACAAACUUCCCACCCGGGGCUAGCAGUGGUGGGAGUAAAUAUUUACCGGCGGGAGCAAAUACUCCACCAGUGCCUCAAGCGAGAAAUACCUAUGUGCCUUCGGGUCCUCUUUUGACAGAUCUCUCAAGGCCAGCUGCUACCACAUCAAGGACUACGCCUUAUGUGGCCGCAGCGUCGACCUUUCCCCCUCAGCAGCAGAUGCACCCUGACCGACCUAGCGUCCCAAAAGCUCAAAGCUUCGCUGCGCAGGCCAAGGGAGGUUAUUCCUCGCCAUAUGAUUUACCAAUGGAGGUUAUCAAACCUCGCAAAAGGCCUAGCAUGCAAAAUAUCAGCCGUGGCAGGAAUGUAACUGGUCUAUCACCGGGUGUCCCUCCAUCUAGAAGCUCAAGUAUGUAUGCACAAGCACCUCCGCCAACAGCUUUGCCUUCCAGUCUGCUGCCGUCAGCAAGUAACAACGGUUCCCAUCCAAAUCAGCAACAGCCGGUUGCUGCAGCACAACCACCGAGAAACACUUCGUCGAAUAGCGGUUUCUUCGAGGAUUUGCCAAUAGCUAGUAGACCUAAGCUUGCACCUCGACAGUCUCAUGUUAGCCCACCUGAUUCGUAUGGGCCAACUACAACUUCUCAAUUUCCACCAAAUGCCCUCCAACCACCAUUUCAACCCGCUACUCAACAUCAACCUCCCCCUCAUUCAGCAGGAUUAGUUGCACCUGAACGUGUGAGUCCAUAUGCUGCCCUUCCAGCAAACCAGGCCUCACCCCCGUCUGUUUCCUCGCGGUACUCUCCGGCUCCUCCCCAACAACCGCCUACUAGUAAGACUGCUCCUCCUCCAGUCGCUUUGUCUCGUUUCUCACCCGCACCUCCUCCUUCGAUGCCACGUCAACAAUCUCAGCCAUACAAUUCUUCUGCCAGUAUUACUUCUCCCCCAGUUCUUCCUCAUCAACCCCGAACGUCAAGUCCGCUUGCCCAUUUCGAGAGAAACCUUGAAGCUCGGUCUUACGGUGCAGAAGUUGUGAAUGAUAGGCGGAGUAGCUCCUCGGGCUAUGAAUCAAAUCUAAGAAACAACCAUCUCCCACCUCCUCAAGAAGUAGAUGAGAAUGAACAGUCUCCGCCCAAAAAUUAUGGGUCACUGCAAUCUCCCAACCUACAACGUUUGCCACCAGGAUCACCUCGUAGCGUUUCCCAGACUCCUCCCCCGCCACAAAAUUAUGGCCCCAGAAGUAAUAUGUCUCCCCCAAAACGAGCCCCGUCAAACUACCUUCCACAACAACUGUCAAACAAUACAAAUACCCCUCCCCAGUUCGCGCCACCACAAAGGUCCCAAAGUCAGUCGCCUACCACACAUUUCACAGGACCCAGACUUGAUCCAUAUCAACGUCCAGCUUCUGUUGAAGCCCAGGUAUCUCCCCAAUCACCAUAUGGGCCUGCUCCAGUUCCUAUGAUGCCUGCGCAAGGACGACCAAGAGCGGUCUCCCAAGUAAUGAAUUAUGUGCCACCGACCGACGGUCGGGAACAUGAUCCGUUGCAAAGAUGGAAGGGCUCUCCUGUGUUUGCUUGGGGUGUUGGUGGAACCAUCAUGACAUCUUUUCCCAAAGACAUUCCUAGAUACGGUAUGAAUCGAACCACACCGAUGAUCAUGAGAAGUCCGGGUGAAGUCAAGAUCAGGAACAUCAAGGAAGUGGACCCGCUGCCAGAAAGGCUAACUACCUUCCCUGGACCGCUCAGGGGCAAGUCAAAAAAGAAGGAUGUCAUGAACUGGCUCACUGCUGGCAUUCGAAUUCUUGAAGAUAAUGCUUCAUACCUACGGAUGGGCGGGCAUCUUUCUCAUGAAGACAAGCGAACAGAAGAGCGUAUAUUACUGUGGAAAAUCUUACUAGUAUUUAUUGAGAAUGAUGGUGUUCUUGAAGGAAAUGCUGUUGUCGAUAAGGCCGUUCGAGCGGUGUUAUCGCCAGGGUUAGACAGCGAGCCUACCAAUGCUGCCCCACUCUAUGCUACUGGCGCUGAUCUUUCGGGUAUCUCUCAACCGUCGAAUUCUACUGCAAGAGCGGACCCGGUGGACCCUACUGCUGUUGAUCAACUGCGCAAGCACCUACUUCGAGGAGAGCGCGAAAAGGCUGUUUGGGAAGCAGUUGAUAAACGUCUUUGGGCUCACGCUAUGCUGAUUGCCAAUACAGUCUCCAAAGCACUCUAUAAGCAAGUGGCCCAAGAGUUUGUGCAAAAGGAAGUUAAGAGUACAGGAGAGAAUACGGAAUCCUUGGCCGCCUUGUAUGAGGUAUUUGCCGGCAAUUUUGAAGAAAGUAUCGAUGAGCUUGUCCCGGCAUCAGCUCGUGCAGGGUUUCAGAUGGUCAGCACUUCAAACUCAGCUGGGCCAUCCAAAGAUGCCAUGGAUGGCCUUGACAGGUGGAGAGAGACCCUUGGGCUCGUGUUAAGUAAUCGAAGUAUUGACGAUGUCCAGGCGUUGAAGGCUCUGGGGAAACUUUUGUCUGGAUAUGGUAGAGCUGAAGCUGCCCACAUCUGCUUUCUAUUCGCAAGAAGUGUUUCCGCAUUUGGAGGCAUUGAUGAUCCGCUUUCAAAUAUCGUUCUCGUCGGGUCUGAUCACCUCAGGCAACCAUACGAGUUCGACAAGGAGAUGGAGCCAAUACUACUAAGCGAAGUCUUUGAGUAUGGAAUGUCGCUCUCCAGCACUGCGAGUGUGGCAAUUGCCUAUCCACAUUUGUCUAUCUACAAGUUGCAGCACGCCUCUAUUCUCGCAGAAUAUGGAUAUCGGGAGAAUGCCCUUCAGUACUGCGAGUCAGUUGCAUCCUCAAUUACUUCUCAAACAAGACGGUCCCCAUACCAUCACGCUCUAUUGAUCUCAGCUUUAGACGAUCUUAGUAAACGUUUGAAGCAGUCACCCAAAUCCGAACCGUCUUCUUGGCUGUCGAAGCCAAGUAUUGAUAAGGUGUCCGGUUCUGUCUGGGACAAGCUGAGCAAAUUUGUGGCUGGUGAUGAGAACGAUACUACCGGCGGCAGUACGGCAACCGGAGGCGAUAUCUUCUCUAGAAUUGCUGGCGACACUCCUAACAUCAGUCGCGCGCCAUCUAAUGCCGAUCUUUACGGAAGCUACAAUCAAGGAUUGGGUAUCAACGGUGCUAUCGCGGCUGUACCAGCAACCAGAGUUAGCUCAAGGUACGCUCCAGGGCGAACGUACACACCGGAUCAACCCCGUAGUGGAUCGUUGGCAUCACAGCAUCGUACUUCUAUGGAAGAAAGAUCUUCUGGUGAAUAUCAGCGGUAUGAGCCCCAGCGUAACAUGUCGGAACAGCGCCCAGGCUCUCAAUCUGCGAGUAGUAGCUACAAUCCAACUUUCCAACCCGCAGCGAACAGUUAUAUGCCCCAAGCACAACAAGAACCAACACCCCCGUCUUCUUACGUGCCUUUUAGCUCUAGCGAUUCACCAUACUCGGCUGCUCAAUAUAGCACGCCUAUAACUGAGCAAAAUCCAAACAUGUUUUCGUCCCCACAGCCGAUCAACAACGUCAAUGGUAACCAGAUUUCCACGCCGCAUACCCCACCCGAGCCAUCGUAUGGUGGACAGCAGUCAUCUGGGUAUGAGCCGCCGGCAUCCAGUGGUUAUGAACCACCUACCAGUAGCUACACUCCCUAUGAACCUGCCGACGAACCUGAUUCUCCUGUGGAGACCAAACCAAAGAAAAAAUCGUUCAUGGACGAUGACUACGAUGAUGGCAUGACGAAUAAUAAUACUUCGGCUCCACGAGAAAAGACCAAGGCGGAAAAGGAUCGGGAAGCAGACGAAGCUUUCCGGAAGGCCGCUGAAGAAGAUGGUAAGUCAAUAUUUGAUCAUACUCCCUCGAGUAUGGCUAACAAUAUUCUAGCAAAAAGAGCAGCAGCAGCACCCGUUAAGAAGGGUUGGGGACUCGGGGGUUGGUUUGGCGGUGGUAAAAAAGAUACCGCUGAUGCGCCCGCUUCGAACAAACCGAUCCGCGCAAAGCUUGGAGAGGCGAGUUCGUUUUAUUAUGAUCCUGACCUGAAGAGAUGGGUCAACAAAAAAGGGGGUGAUACAGCUCCGACUGCAUCUGCCACCCCUCCUCCACCAAAAGCUGGACCGCCUAGAACGUCUAGUGUUGGUCCCCCGUCGACACGGGUACCUCUUCCAGCAUCACGCGCUGUGUCAGAUGCUGGUAGGGCACCAAGAUCACUCUCACAGGACGAUGGACCUUCCUCUGAUGCUCCUCCUGCCCUGGCACCUCCUGGGUUUGCGCCAAUGAGUCGAAGCAUUAGUAACACCAGCGCGGGUCGUUCUCCGAGUGCGCCACCUAGUCGUCCGGGGACUAGUAUGAGUAACGCUAGUAGUAUCGAUGAUCUUCUUAGCCCUGCUACGGGGGGAAGUCGUAAGGGGGCCGCGAAGAAGAAGAAGGGGAGGGGGUAUAUCGAUGUCAUGGGCGAGAAGCCCUCAUGAUUCUUUCCUUUUGGGCAUGAUUGAAUUUUUUUCAUGAUGAUGAAAAAUGGCUUGAACGAAGAUGGAGAUGAAGAUCAUUUUAGGAUGCAUGAGGGAUAUCUGGGGAUCGCUGUAUUAUAGAAGGUGAUGGUGUUCUUUUACCUCUCUUUUUUAAAGGGUCUAGAAAAGUUCCCUGCGUUUUUUGUUCGUGGGUGCUUGAUCCUUGUUUUUGUUGUCUGCUGGGGGUUUUUUGGUUCUUUCUUUUGGACUUUGCAAUUUAUACCAUAGCCUAAUAAAUCUCUUGCUCUCUUUCUUGAAUGGGGGCUCUGUGACGGAUUCUUCGUACUCGGGACUUUCAAGGGCUGAUUCUCAACUCGCACGAUAGAUGUGGUGGAGUGUGUGGGAGAUCGU